AUGGGUGCUGCUCAGUCCUCCAGCAACAAGGAGAAGCUGGGACAUGAUGAAUGGAAAAAGAACCUGGAAAAGCAGUAUAACGGUCACUGGCGCUGGGCUCCUGGCAUCAAGUUCCGCCGUCCAGCGAAACUUACCCCCGACCAGCUCAAUGAUCGCAUUAUAGAGCUCGAACACGAACAACCCAUCAACUCAAAACAAUCAUACCUCAAUCCCAACGGAGACGACGAGCAUCAGAAGUUUCCAGAUCUCGAUACAUACUAUAGUUCAACAAAAGAAAUCCCGCGUCGAUUAGUUGUACAGGCGACUAAGGAGGCACGACAUGAUUCUCGACCUCGACACUGGGGUCAUGCCCGCAUCGAUGGCAGAACUCCGUUCAUCAUUCGACUUUCUGAACUCUGUUUGAACCCCUUCAAUCUGGAAAGAUACGAUAUUGGUUAUGAUGAUUUGGAAGAAGAGGAACAUUUGAAAUCGAAACAACACGAAAAAAGUGUCCCGCGACGAGUGUGGUGGGUUUUCGUCAAGAUCAUGCACCAUAUCGUGUCAAUAUUCCUCACAUUGACACUUGCCUGGAUUAUACAAGGGCUGCUUUCAGUCCAAGUCAUCACAGAGCCAUGGAGCUCCGACGGUGGUGACGAUUAUGAAUAUUACGAAAAUGUAAACUGGGCUUGGCCUAAGCAUGCAAUCAAUAUCUUGGAUCAGUCGCCCGAGAACCCACGACCACAGUCGAACAUAACGAGACUCACCAUCCCUCGUCGCUUAGUGGUAUGGGAUAAGGAUGUGGGUCAAUGGGUAGCCAAGGACACUUCCAAGCUUCGAGAUCCGAAAACCGGCAUGCUCCAGCCAUACGUCUUUCUCAGUUUCUCGCGUGGAAACUUCGCCGCAGAUGAUGAUACACUGAGACCAUUCUUCCAUACUGUGGCUGAGAGUAUCUUGGAGCACGAAAAUUCCACUCGGGGUCCGAAAGAAGAGCCUACCGAGGCCUUUUGGCUGGACACCGACUGUGUUUCACAUAACACUAAGGCCGAAGAGGCUAGAGACAUCAACACCAUUUGCGAUGCGGUGCGUUGCGCGAAGCGAGUUUAUAUUCUUCUACCAACAGAAAGUGAGGAGGAGAAGAGGAUUUGGGGAAACCGUAUUUGGACAUUGCCUGAGGUCCUAUUGGCCGCUGAGAAAGUUCGAUAUUGCAUCACGCCUUCAUGGUCGCAGCCUUUGUCGGCUAGUAAUGAUGCUCUUAAGAACACCUUCCACGACGUUGAAUUGACGGAUAUGUACCAAAGCUUCUGGCCUUUGCUUCCCCCAGUCUCUGAGACAGAGACAAAGGAUAACAACACAGAACGUCACGAAGAUGCUAUUUGUCAUCUCAUUGACCACUAUACAAACCGAACCAAGCUCAGUGAAUUGCAGCUAUUCACCUUCGCUGUCCAGGCCAUGGCACAGCUAAGUACUGGAAAAGAUGUUGAAGGAUACACCACAACAAGUAUGGCGUAUGCUGCAAUGGGACUCUUAUCUUAUCGCAUCACACCGGAUGACGAUGAUGAUACUUUCCAGGCUAUUGCUCGGCUGUCUCUUGUAAAUGAUAGCAACCGACUGCUUGAACGUCUGCUCUGCCUGUGGCCAAGCUACACGCAAACUAUCCAGGGCCCAAUCAAGUCACACGAUGAAGAGAAAUGCGCAGUUGCUGGUAGCGAGGCUCUUCUACGGAAUAUUGCAGACCGGGAUCAGUACUCCGUUCACCUUUGGGAUGUUCAACCUUCAUGCGAUGUGGUCGGUAUUGGCAACGACAAGUUCGCACCAACCGUCAUCGUGGAUCGCUGUCGAGGAAUUCCCAUUCGUUGGAAGAGCUUCCCACAAGUGCGAUACGUCCAGAACUUUCGAGGAUUCCGAGCGAACAUCUCUCAAACUGUCGUCUGGAUUGGUGCGUGGUUCCUUCUAGCUGGAUUCAAUCUCUUCGCAACGGUCAUCUCUCUCGCGUUUGCAUCUGUGGACACUAGUACGGAGACCAUUAACAUUCGCCAAUAUAUGUAUGGUAUUGCGCUGUAUGUCGGUAUCUCCUGGAUUAUUUCCUGGUUCAGCCCCAGUGCGGUACGACAGCUCUGCAGUGGUGGAUCAUCUGGUCUAUCGAACCACCUGGUCGGAUUUGAGGGUACGAUGACGCUUCGAGAGAUCGAGAAGGCUAUAUACGGUAACUGGAAUGGUCGUCUCUCAUAUGCCCCAUCCUGCACCAUCUUUUCUCGAAGUCUGCGUCACGAGACAAUUCGCAUGGGUGUCGAACCCCGUGAUAAAUAUGGAGAUCCCCUGGGCCCGGAACACUGGAAGAAACAGAAAGAGCUUCUUGGAAUCCCAGACACACACCGCUUGUUCACAAUCGUCGAUACUGGAGAUAUGAGCGUCUCGGUAAUUGCCGCUGAGAGACCGCCAGUUGUAGCAUUGGUCUGUGGUCGCGAAGGAGGCAUGCUCCGAGCACUGCUGUGCAGCUGGCGUUUUGAAACAAACUGCCUGUAUCGGGAGUGUGUGGUUCGUAUGCGGAGCUCGAUAGAAGAACGUGCUACACCUAAUGACUGGUUGAAGAUUAGUUUGGCUAGUCAAGGUGAUGUGGGCCGUACUCGGAAGAGAUACUUGCAAAGGACCAGAAACCAUGAGAUGGAGAGUGUGCAGUCUUCUGCAUCCCUUCCGCCCCCUACACCUCCGCCGAAAGAACCUGUCGUGAAGCAAGUGGCAAAAUAA